AUGCCGGCCGCGCGCCCCAGGGCUUCGUUCGAGCCCAUACCGCCCGACUUUGACGUGCGCACCUUCGUCGAGACCGCGGACAAUUUUCAAUAUGCCGACCGAAUUUCCUAUGAGAUGAUCGCCAAUAACGGCAUCGAGCAGUUCGAGAAGUUGGUUCUGCUUCACGUGGUCGUGGCUGGAAAACCUCUCAUCAUAGAUGGAUUUGAAGAAGUGCUGGAUCCGUGGACUUUCACGCCUUCAUGGCUGCGCGACAACCACGGCGACAAAGGUCAGACAGUCGCUGAGCGCAUUGGUGAUCUAGCAGUCGAGAAUGCACGCAAUCUCACGACCAAGGAGAGCAUUCCGCUCACUAUCAAGCACUAUCUUAAGCACAUGACCAAGCUGACCGACCAAUUCUUCGAUGCACCCGAGCGCUACCGCGAUAAGACCCGCCAACGUAUAUAUCUCAAGGAUAUCGAUUGCCCACAGGUAUGGCAGGACAAGCUGAAAGAGCACAUUCCCCAGGGACUGUUCUAUCUGAACGAUAGCACUGGUGAAGUUGGCGGAGCUGGCGCACUGGACGAACCGGGCGGUCGCAAAGGCCGCGGGAUAGGGCGAGCUGGAGACCUGAUGAGCAGUUUACCCCCAGAAAUGCGCGCAGAAAACCUCAUGUGCUACAUUGGUCACGAAGGCACGUAUACACCAUCACACAGAGAGAUGUGCGCAAGUCUUGGUCAGAACAUCAUGGUGAAUGCCUCUGGACAGAUCAGUGAAGAUGGCAAGCCUGAGCGCCCCGGAUCCUCAUUAUGGUUUAUGACCGAGACGAAGGAUAGACACGUGGUCUCCGAGUACUGGCUGUCCGUGUUGGGCCAUGACAUCGAAGUUGAGAACCACUUUGCUCAACUCAUUGCAUGGAAGAAAGCACCGUUCCGAACAUACGUGGUUGAGCAACGGCCCGGAGACUUCAUUCUGAUACCACCACUCGCCCCGCAUCAGGUGUGGAACCGCGGUACCCGGACGAUGAAGAUCGCCUGGAAUCGUACCACCGUGGAAACGCUGGAAAUGGCCAUCAACGAAGCCCUGCCGAAUUCUCGUGUCGUUUGCAGAGACGAGCAAUACAAGAACAAGGCCAUCGUUUACUACACCCUCCAGAAGUACUCCACCCUCAUCAAAUCUGCACGUGCGCAAGUAGAAAUGGGCGGGGAGAACGCAGAAGCUAUUCAGCGUUCUGUCAAAGUUCGACACCUCCAAAGAGACUUCAGAAAGCUUUUUGACCUAUACAAGACCGUGCUGCUGUCGGAGAUGUUUGCACCCGAAUCUCGCGAGCAUUCUGAGUUCCUUCCAUAUGACAGUUACACAUGGGUUGAACAAUGGAAAUGGAAAGACCUGAGUCACAAGUACGAGGAAUGGAGAGCACAGAUCAUCGACAUUGAUGGCCACAUGAAAGAGACAACGCCGCUGCCGCUCCAGGAGGAGCGAAGAUAUCUUGGCAAAAAGACUUUGGCACAAGUAUGCCAAGAGCAGCUGCGCUUACGACCAUUUGUGGACAUCAAGAAUCCUCAACCUGAAAGCAAUUCUAGCGACGAGGAACCUGUUGUGGACGAAUACGGCCAAGUCAAGAAGGUCUCCAACAAGAAGUCGAAGCAGUGGCUCAGCAAGCAUAAGUCAUGCCACUUUUGUCUUCACAAGCACCCGAAAUGGAAGAUGGCGUUCUGCUCCAGUUGCGACCUGUCAUACUGCUAUGGAACUCUGUUUCGCGCACACGACAUGAUGCCUCUGAGCAUUAUGGAGAAUCGCAAUUGGAAAUGUCCGCAUUGCAGGAGAGUUUGUAACACUGGCCAUUGUCGGCGCGAUGCACGUCAAACCCCUUACGAACCUAAAGGAACGCUUCUUGGUCAUGAUACUAAGAAGGUGGCCGACCCUCGAUCUGUGGAGUGCCUCGUAGAUUUCAGCGUCUCCAAUCUUAAUUGGCUCCGGGAGGAAGAGGGCUCGAAGCAGAAUGCCAUGCAGCGCCGCCUGCAACAAGCGGAAAUGGACAAACUGGCGGAUCCAUCCCUGGAUCCCCGCUAUGUUGAUGAAGAUCUUGCCUACGCGCGGGAUGGCAUCGCAUAUUCUCCAGUGGAGGACACUACUGGUAGCUUCAAUGACAUUGGCAAUGGUCAUCACGCCGAGGCACAUGAUGGCGUCGACUCUUACUACGCAGACCCUGAUGCGAACGGUGACAUUCCGCGCUUGGGCCAGAAACGUGGGCCUGAAGACGAAGAUGAGGAUGGUAACAGGCGUCGCAAGAAGAAGGUCAAGAAACAGAAGAUGAGGGACGAAGCGCAACCACUCCAGCCAAAGAACAUAUCUGGUAAGCAAUAUCAGAAAGAGAUACAGCGCAAACUUCUGGAAGAAGCAAAGCGUGAAGAUCGCUUCCUCCUGGUUGCCGCGAGGAUGAAGAACAAGUCGAAGGUUAUCAGACUCUCUCUACCUACCGGCCUUCUACAGCGCAUAAGGGAUCGACCAACUCCCGAACGCCCACAGAUCGUCCGCCAAAGUACGCCGGAAGAUGUAGAUGGUCCGAGUGAAAUGGGCUCCAUUCUACAGUCUGAUGUUCUACCAAGAGGUGCCGCGCCUAAGGACCUCGUCGAGAAGGAGAAAGCUGCAAAGACGUUCCGCAUUCGCGUCCAAGAGGAUGAGGCUUACAGCAGUAGGAAGAGGAGUUCUGAUGUAGGAGGUCCAUCGAAGCCCGGAAGACCCCGUGGUAGUCGACGCUUCGAAGAGAUCACGCUCGAUUCCGACGAAGAUUUUGAUGAUGAAGAUGACGAAGUCGAGUAUACUGGUCGCUCUAAUGGGAGAGCUUCGAAUUGGCUAGCACGGAAGAACCAGGGCGAGGAGGACCUGCCUACUGAGCUUCCACCAGACUUCCGCGAUGGAGCCAUACGUGCCGGUCGCGACAAGGAAUUGGAGCGAAAGCGGGAGGCAAACGAACGUAGAAAGACAAUGCCACCAAAGCCGAAGGCAGGAAUUCGGCCCAUCGGACGACCGUCGAAGAACCUGACCCACGACAGCGCCGGAAAUGUGACUGGCAACAUGUCUGAUGAAGAUGGUAUCCAUGGGGAAGAUGACCACUCCAACGACACUAUACUCCUCGCCCAACAAGCCGCCGCCGCCGCUGUUGAAGCAAAAGAGCGGGAGGACGAAGCUAGAGCAACACGAGAGCGCGUCGAAACUGCAGAACGCGAAGCUCAAGAUAAUCUCCGCGCAAAGAUGGCUCUCUUUGGAGGUUCUGAUGAUGAAGGCGCGGGCGUGAUCGACGAUUUCCUCGGCGACCUAUCCAAUGGUGAAGAAGACCAACCCUUUUACACUUCGCCCCCAACACAAAAGGAUCCAUCGCCAUCUCCUGAACCCGUCCGCAACGGUCCGCCCCAGUCAACGAAUUCCAUCUUCGCGCAGCCAGGCAUGAAGGGCAAGAAAAUCAAGAUUGUGUCUGCUCAGUCCAAGGCCAAUGGGAAGACGACGACUACGACGACUCUUACGGCGCCUGCAUCCAGCUUUACACCGGUCAAUCGCCGUGGCAAGGAGAUUGCUUUGUCGGAAUCGGAUAGCGAGGAUGAGGUCCCGGCUAGUGCACCGGCGGUCAAGAAAGCUUUGGGCAGACCGUCCAUGGUACCGACGCGAGGCAGAGGGGCGCCUAAGAGGGGCAGAGGAAGGCCUAGGAAGACGAUGUAA